AUGAGCAGCAUAAACGGGGGCAGUUCUUUCAGGCGGCCAGGACCAAAGUCCGCUGCCUCCGGUGCUAUUGACGAAGAAGGGUUUAAGCACGCCUUUAUAUCUGUUUCGUCGUUACCGAUUUAUUCAACACGAGACCUUUCUGAAUACAUGACGAAGAUAAAGGACUCACUGUCUGUCAAUGCCGAAGACUGGGAAAGACGCGUUAAUGCGUUGAAAGAUCUCCGAAAUGUUGUUGCCAGUGGUGGGCAUCAAAUGGACGAUUUCCCGGCUCUUCUCAGAACGCUGGAGACCCCAGUUGUUGGAUGCCUUCAGGACCUUCGAUCCCAGGUCGUGCGAGAAGCCUGCGUUACCGUCGCGUACGUCUGCCUCGUCGUUCUUGACCCAAUGCUGGUUGUAGCGUUUUUCGUAUCGUAUCUCUCGCAAGAAAUCGGUGCAAAGUUUGAUCAUUUCGCCGAGGUCAUCAUGCAAACCCUUCUCAACUUAAUCCCCAACAGCACAAAAAUAAUGUCCACCAGCGCAAUCACCGCAAUCGGCUUCAUAAUUCGUGGCGUUUUCCCAAGUAGUUCUCCAGUGACUAAUUCACCCGUUAAUAAAUCACCGCAUUCCAAAGCAGUAAAUCGGAGAAUGCCACGCAUUCUUCACUCCCUGGGUGAUGAAACACGUUUGCCUCUCGACUGUUCCCAAUCAUUGCUGGCGGAUUAUCGUCCAAGUCGAGUGUACUGCGAAAGUAAGUGCUCUAGCCGUGUGACCUUUUGCAACCCCCCCCCUCCCCCUGCCUUCGAGAGCUCCGAUUGGUGCGUUUACUCGCCGACACUAGCUUCGGGCAAGUGCUGGUGUGGUUGGAGCCACCUGUUAAUCGAGCUCCACCUUUCACAGAAAAACGCCUGUAAGAUCUAUGAAGUGAUGGUGUUAUUUGCAGUCUUUGCCCCUUGUGGCUCUGUGCUUGGUGUAUCCCACAUCAUCGAUUCUCUAAAACUUCUCCAGUCCUCGUACUUGCUCCCCUGGCCUUUGUCAAAGUUCCCCCAAAGCCUAAUCGAAGUCGCCGGCCAAUACUCGAAGCAUUGGAGCUCCAGCCACAUCCUCCACCUGACAGCGGCGUUUUGCGUUGUGAGAUUCGCCCGUGGGUUGUGCGCACUCGCACGUUCUUCUCGAAGGCGCUGCUUUCCCCCCUACGCGCCUGCACUGUCGACCGUUGUGCAAAGUCUUGCCUUGUCCGUGCUCCCUCCCGCCAUCGCCAUCUUCACCUGCCUCUCCCUCUCUACACUGCUUUCGAUCUGCGUGGGCGCUCCACUUCGUUUAAACGGUGAAGUUGAGCAGGGUAGUGGUGUAUUGGUCGGUUGUCUUAUCCCGUACCAACCACACACACGCAAAUCUCAUCGUCAUGCGAGGUUGGAGUUUCUGCUUGACUCGAAGCUUGUUUACUUCCCCGAUACAGCGCCAAACCGCUACCUAGUGGCAAAUCACCUCCGCAGCCAAUCACCGCCGCAUAGUCCGACCUUCAUUUUUCUUCCGAAAGCGCUUUCUGUUGGUCCUCAUCCAAGUCAGUCGAUGAACGACCAGGACAGGAUAUUGUCGUCAUGCGCCUUUACCUGCCCUCAGUACUUUCUUGUUCUUCCACCGAAGCAUCAGGAUUCCCAGCAAACGGAGGAGUUCAUGCCCCGGGAAGUUGGAGCGUUGGUCUUGUGUUUGUGCGCCUGUAACAACUCUUUCCUCCCUCUCUUUAGACAUGUGUGUAUUUUCCUCGACCCCAUCUUCCAGUGCUGGCCCGUCCACGUGUUGGAGAGGCAUAUGGGCCUCAUUCAGGAGGUCCUUCGGAAGGGAGUCUGUGACGCCGACCAGGACGCCCGCUCAGCAACCAGGAAGGCCUUCAAAUCCUUCGCGGAGAAGUUUCCCGACCAAGUUGAACCGGUGCUGCGCACUUUAGAUCCGGCGAAGCGCAAGGCAAUCGAACGCUCGCUCUCCUCGACUACGGACGACGAUCACUCGAGCGUCGCCAGCGGCGUCAGCAGUCGCACUGCCAGUCAGACCAACCUCUCGACUGCCAACAGCAAACGCGCCAGUCGACCUGCUAUGGGCACGUCUGGACUUACCACCAAUACCACUCGCAGACCCACCGUGGCUGGUACAGAUUGUUUUUUUUUUGUUUUCGGCUGCUGCACUGGCGACGAAGUCUCCUGCUUUUCUGUGUGCCUUCUUCCUUUAGAAGCGCCACGACGAAAUAUCAGUGUCUACGGCGACUCCAGAUCGCGCCUCGGCUCUGGCAAGACCUCCAUUUCGCAACCGAGUGUUUCAGCUAUCGUCGAUUUCACCGACGCCAACGAUUCUACGCUCGCGGCCAAAAACUCCACAAGCAACGCAUUCAAGUCGCCAGACGCCUUGGCUGGCGAGACGCACGAAGAUCACGCUUCUGGGCCCGCCAGUCGUGAGACGUCGCCUUCUCGAACCGGUUCUGAGUGUGACUACAACGUUGGUGGUGGCGUUGGGGCGAGGGGAUACGGCGGAGCCCUCAGUUCCACUGUUGGACGCCAAAGAGGCCUGGCGUACGGCGCUGCAGUGGCGGCUGCGAGGCAAAAUCGACGAACCUCGGCAGCCUCCCGCCUCGUCCCACGAAGCCAGGGCCAGUCGCGCGAAGGCUCGCCCAACUCAGCCGUCAGUGGCGGUGCUGUCGGGUACUCCUACAGCGCCAGAUCCGGCAUGCCGGUUGCCGACAAACGUCCUUCCUUGUCGUCCAUGAGCGAUGCCGGGUACUCUAAUGUAAACAACUACUACAGGCAACAGUACGAGUCCGACGACAACGUCAGUGAGACCUCCUCGAUGUGCUCUGAGCGCUCCGGUCAGUCCAUGCCAGUCUACCGUCGGAGUCAUUUGCGUCCGGUCAACGUGAGUCCACUUCCCUAUCCCUGGGUCGACUACUCAGCGCCCCCUGCUGUCACACGUCGAUUUAACCUUUAUCAUAGCUAUUUACGCUUCUCUGUUCCUCGGAACAUUCAAGGUCUCGGUGAUAUAAUCAACCUGAUGAGCAGCUCUCAGUGGUCGGAGAAGAAAGACGGUCUGUUGCAUUUGAAGGAGUACCUGCGAACUGACCAAUCACUAAGCCACCAAGAGGUGAUGCGCGUAGCUGAGGUUCUCGGCGGUAACUUUGGCGAAUCCUCCAGCAAGGUCAUCUCUGCGUUCAUGGAGACUGUUCAACUGUUCAUAAAGAAGUACCACCAAUUCCUGCACGAGUGGAUCUACCUCGCCAUGGUUCGACUCUUCAAUCGACAGGGCCAGGAGGUCCUCCCCACUCACCAAAAGGCCAUCGCGGACACCCUCGCUGUUAUUCGAUCUCACUUUCCCCUCAACUUGCAAUUCGCGUGUUGUUGCCGGUUCAUAACUGACGAUGCAAUGACGCCAACACUGAAGGUGAAGGCCCGAGUCCUAGAAUACCUCAAGGAUCUACUCUUGAUGAUGCCUGUCGACGCCAUCAGCAAUCCGACCAGCGAGAUGGUCAAAGGCAUCGCUCGUAUAAUCGCCUGGUCCACUGAACCCAAGUCUGCUGACGUUCGUCGGGUGAGUUUCCAAUGCUUCCGUUCCCUUCUUCAACUCCUCGUCUCGAACGUGUCAAUCUGCUCGAUUAAUCGAGAUUUUAGAUGCGCGCGCGCGUGUGUGUAUGUGAACGUCUUAGCCAACUUGAAGCACCAUUUUUUGUCAAAUUGUGUUAGCGGCCGGCAUGAACGCAGCGACGCUUUUGCCAACCAACUCCCGCCUCCGCAAAAUUAUCACAGCAGUCGAGUGGCAGCAACUCAUGGCGUGCAGAAUCUCAUUCCAAAGCUUCCCUCUUCUCCGUGCACCGUGCAAAAUCGCUCUAGCAUCGCGGUUCACUUCAGAAAAGAUGAAUACUUUUUUCGAUUAGCGAUACCUGAAAAGUUGAUUUUGGUCGGGCGUUGUCGCGAGACGAUUGACUCCAUUGUUAUUGUUGACGGUGGAACCUCGUCUUCAAGCAGGACAUCUGAAAUCUCUGUCCUUGCCAGCCGUGUGGUGAUAAAGCUCUCUGACCUCAAUCCAGCGGCAUUCGCCAGUGUCGUGCAGCAGAUGCCCAAGACGUCUCAGGACCAAUCGGCCAAGUUGUUGAAGACCUACCAGAAGACGGCUCCGGCCACCGGCAGCGGUCACGAGGCGGCGGCCACCUCCCCCACCGCCCAACGCACCGCCAGUCGGCUGCCCAAACUGUUUCAGCGCUCUGCCUCGAUGCGUCAGCCCAAUUCCCCCCAAGCCUCCUCGUUCCAUAGACUAAUUUCACCCCCUCCCCUCUCCUCCUCCUCGAUUGAUACGAGAACCCUGCAAUUAGAUAUAGUCGUUCAUCGGCGUCGGGAAUCUCGCAGCCUCCGAGGUAGACCCGUCUGCCACCUAGCACGCGCUCAGUUGAAAAUGCCCGAGCGGCAAAUCACCAGACCGAUCGAUAUCCGCGGUUGUAGAGGUGAUGUUGGUGGCGUCCUUGUCUGCUCCUUCACCGACCGUACUUUUUUCCGCUGCUUACAGUGGGUGGUAUUUAAACUAGCCGUCUACCCCAGCAUAUUUUUCUUCCUCCCUUCUCCCUCCCCCCGCCAUCUCCCUCUCUCUCAGGAACUCGAUGUAUACCUCUGUGCGCGCAAAGCUCUACGCCAGGUCACUAGAGCCCAACCGAGCGCUGGAACUAGGCCCUUCAGUCCGAUCUCGCCGACGUACGUUCCACCGGUUCAGGAGGCGCCGCCGCUGGAGCACGCGGCCCACAACCGGUUGAGCAGUGUGCCCGACGGUCGCAUGCUCGCGGGACCGGCGUCGGGGUACGGCGUGCCAUCUCCCACCCACCUCCAGCCACCCUACUCGGCCAACGCGGUCAGGCAGAACGGCCAGAAUGGCAGCGGUGGUCACCACUACUUCUCCGUGGCUGCCGGAGUGAGCAUGUCGCCUGCGGCGGGGGAUGCGGUUAAUGCCGACCCACUCCAACGCCAGUCCCCCCACUACGGCUAUCCUCCGCUCAGCAAGAAUCGUGAAAUGCGUUGUUGUUUGCUUAUAGCAGCAAUCACCAUCAUCGUUACUGAGUGGAAUAACCGGCGAACCUAUUGUCUUCUGCCCACCCGCUACCGCUUCCAACCACCACCGAUUUAUCACCUCCCCACACUCUGUUCUAUGAGUAAUGCCCAUAGUCUUCUGCGUGCUCUACCAUCUCAUCCGUUUCCACUGUGUAGUGAUCUGCCCCAAGUUAAAAAAGCCCGUCAUCGGUUAUCAGACCUUGAAAAAGAUUCGUGUACUCUUCUCUCUGAUUCUACAGAGAUGCCUCCAGAAGAUGCCAUCACAGAGAUCUUGCAGGAACUCUCCAACUACAACGACAGGUAUGAACAACGCAAGGCGUGCAUGCUGAAGCUCAUCAAACUGCUCCGCGAUGGCACCAUUCAGACGUGGGAGGAACACUCCAAGCCAACCCUCCUCAUCCUCUUGGAGUCGCUCUCAGACACCUCAAGCGAGACACGUGCAUUGGCCCUGCGUGUGCUGCAGGAAUUGGUGCGUACUCAGGGCGACCUAAUCAGCGACUACGCCUGCUUGACCGUGAUGAAGAUCCUUGAGGCCUGCAACGACACCGACAAGGGGGUG